AGGAGACAAUUUCCAGUCUUACAAUCCUCAAUUUGUACCGUUCUAAGCCAAGUAUUCAUAUAACCACAACCCCAGAUGGCCCCUCCGUCUUAUACCCAUACCCCGAAAAGGUCUAAGCUUUCCCCAGAUGACGACAGCCAAACACAAACAUCUGGGUCGCACAUAAAUUUUAAUACUAAUCAAUACGGCCUCGCCUAUCCUUCACUUUCAGAACCUUUGUCUUCAUAUGUCGAUUUUCUUGAACAUGACCCGCUGUGGCAUCCAAGCUCAUCACAAAUUGAAUUCCCCGGUAUUGAUGGACUGCUUCAAAGUUCGGUAUAUCCAACCAUUCCCACAGGAACAUACGAUAUGGCCCAUGACAUAUUCGACAAUUCCCUUUUCCAAGGUACUACAAUCAACAAGAAUGAUCCUCAACCUCAUUCAACCAUCAUACCGGAAAUGGGCCAUGACCAAGACGACAUACCGCGCCUCCUGCUGGGUCAUGCCAAGCCAAAUAUUGAAAGUAACACCUUCAUGGACAACCCUAUUGAAAAACAUCAUCCUUCAGCAAUAACAAAUCACACCACAAAAACAAUAUCAUUCCAAUGCGAAUGGAAAGGCUGCGCCUACGAGGGCAAGUUCAAACACAAAAGAGCACUCAUGAGACACGUCGAGUCAUUGCAUGUCUCUCCAGGUUUGUAUGAGUGCCAUACUGCUGGUUGUGGAAGGAAAUACAACCGGAAAGACAAUUUGGCGGAACAUCAACGGCGAUUGGGUCAUUGAAUUCAUUCAAUUUUCUUUGGCAACAUAUAGUUUAUUCUUUUUUCUUUUUUUCUCUUUUUCUUCUUACUUUUGAUUUAUCUCGGGAUGUGUGACUUUGCGG